AUGCCGUUGUCGUCGCUUCCGCGUUUGUCAAGUGACCUACUUCUCUCCAUCCUGGAUUUGCUUCCCUUCGCUGACUUACUAUCCCUAAGUACGGUCAACAAACGUAUCCACGCUCUAGCUACGCUUCGUCUCUACUCAGCUGUCGAGACGACCUGGGCGUUAGAUCGCACACCACCUGUCACACUGCUACUGCGAAGCAUCCUCAACAGACCUCAGCUGUCGGGUUACGUUCGCAGUCUGCGCCUUGUGGGAAAUGCAUUUAAAGAUCACCCCGAAAUCAGAGAGCCACCCGCAUCCCCUCUUGCCCUAUUUUCAAUCAGCAAAGGAUCUAGAAUUAUCCAAUCCACGGGAGUACCGUUUGCCAAGCAUUGGAUAGACGAGCUGCGAUCUGGGACCGUCGACGCCGUGGUGGCAGUUCUCCUAUUAAUGCUGCCUAACUUAACAUCCCUUUAUCUUGGUCCUAACUUUACUGUUAGAAACCAAAUUUUGGGCAAGUUGCUUCAAUAUGCCUUGUGGGAGCCACCAGAAGAAUAUCAACUACCUAUACUGGGAAACCUCCAGCAUGUCACGUUCUGCCGCAGAACUGAAGAAUACCGCCACCUUAACGCCAGAAAUACAUCUGAUGUCCUCCCAUUCUUCUAUCUUUCAAAAAUUCAGAGCCUGUCAAUAUCUAUCGACAACCCAGUCAAAUUCGCCUGGCCUGCGCAUACUCCUGCGCCGUUGUCACUAGUGUCACUGGAAAUUUACAGGCUACGGGAAGCGCGGCUUAAACCACUUCUUUCAGUGCUCAAGGGACUGCAAAAGCUACAUUGGCAUUGUUUUUACCAGCCAGGCCUUGACCGGGACGUCAGCAAGGGUAUCAUUGAGCUUGAUACGGUAGCUAUAGCACUAAAUCAAGUUUGUGCCACGCUUACGGACUUGACUAUUGAGGCGGAAUGCCGCCCUGAGAUUUCAGCCGGUUAUUAUGACCCCCCUCCUCUAGAAAUACGAGCAUCGUUACACGGCCUGGCUCACUUAGGGAAGCUAAGAAGACUGUGUGCCCCGUGGGUCUUCCUGAUGGGAUUCUCAGAAUCUUCGGCGAUAAAACUACAGGAUUUGCUCUCUCCAAGUCUGGAGCUGCUCACCCUGACAGCUGACUUAGAAGAUAAUGAGGAAUGGGAAUGGCACGAUGACUCUGUUGUAUCUGCAAUAAAAUCUGAGCUUGAGAAUCACAGUUUAUCAUCUUUGACUAACCUCUAUUGUAUUGUUUUGCCUAUCCCACUUGGUUACGGCAAGAUGACAGCUGAAAGGAAACAGGAACUUCGAGAUAUUGGCGCAAAUGCGGGACUACACUUGGGAUGGGUUGAUAAGUAA